ACAACUAAGGAAUUUUCUCCUAUUACUAACCUAAUGACACCCAACUUGCAUAUGCUCACUUGUUCAAGGAAACAAAACAAGACAAAUUCUCUCAACCACUUCAUGUUAAUUUGUUAUACUAUACUUCCCUAUGUCCCAUUGACUUGUUAUUUUUUUAAAGUCUAUACAUUUCCGCCCAUCUUCCCUCCUUUCAAAUAUUUUAAAUUUAUGUACUUAUAUAUAUUUGUAUAUUUCUUAAUUCUUAUCCACCUUUUGAAAAAAAUAUUAAAUGCCCUUACCACUAUCUCAUCAUCAUUUUUCUUAGCCACAAUAAUCUUUGUGUACCAACCUUGGCUUCUUUCUAGCUUAUAUCCUCCAUGGACAAUCCGGACUCCCCGGGCGGUAGCCGACCGCCUCGUAAAGAGUUACAAGGCCCUAGGCCAACACCGUUGAAGGUUAGGAAAGAGUCACACAAGAUCAAAAAACCACCGGUGGCGCCACCGGCUAAUCCAGCUCAUCAACACCAACAAGUGCCAUCUCAGCCACCGCCACCGCCACGUCAGCCAGUGAUCAUAUACACCGUGUCUCCUAAGGUAAUCCAUACACACCCUAGUGAAUUUAUGACACUUGUUCAACGGUUAACAGGCUCCGAUGCCACCUCAUCAUCAUCUUCUUCAACACAAUAUCCUUCUAGUAAUUUUACUACAACUACUUCAAGUAGUAGUAGUAGUAAUAUUGUUACUGGAUUUUCUUCUUCUUCUACUACUACUACUACUACUACUACUACUACUACAAGCCAUCAUGUAAUAACGGGGGGUGUAUCGCCGGCAGCGAGGUUUGCUAGCAUCGAAAGGACGAAAAUGCACCCAGAAGCAAGGAGAAUGGUUGGUCAAAGUGAUGUUGUUAAUAGAGAACAAGGGAUAACUUUUGAUGUAGGUGGCGGCGGAGGUGGCGGUGGUGGCGGCGACAUGGAAGGGGUAGAAAGAACCGUGUUUUUUCCGGGGAUAUUAUCCCCCGGACCGAGUUCGUUACCACCUAUUUCUCCAAACUUGUUCCCCCCCUUUUUUCAUGAUCCAAAUAACCUAAACCUACAACAACAUCAUCAUGACUUGAGCGUUGUACAACAUGGGAAUAAGAACUUUAUCGAAGGAAGUUACUUACCUAGUCCCUUCUCGACAAAUUUUACUUCUCCUAGUACUAUCUUUUCCCCUAAUUCUCUCGAUUUUUUGCAACGCGUUUUAGAUAGUUGAAUAUGUUAAUGGAAAAAAAGUAUAAUUUAUU